AUGGGAACGAGGAUGGAGGUGGCACAGCUUGAGGAAAGGAUGAACAUUGAGGACUACAGAAAGCUACAGGGACUGUUCCUGGACUCCUCGGGCUCUCCUCGCUCUUUGUCCAGAACUGAAUUUGUCGAUCAGGCUUGGUCCUCGGUUGGACGUGGCUCUAAAGAGGAAUACGGCCUCCUGUUUGACAGCGUGGUCUUCACUCAGGAGCACGGCAGCCUCCUUGUGGACGUCAAUGCGAUAAAGGAAGAGGGACGCGUCGAUUGGGGAGGCCUGUCAUCCUUUUUGCUACAAGAGCUUUCUGAUAAAGUGAAGAACAGCAGAACCAGAAGUGGGCCUCGCUGGAAGCCAGUGCGCACUUUGACCUGUCCGCAUCGAGACCCGGUUCAAAAGGUGUUGUACCUGCACAGUUUAGGUCAGUAUCUGACGGUGAGUAAAGGAGGAACUGUGUGUCUGCGGGACAGAGAGGACAUGUCCCUCCUGCACACACAUCGACUGCAAAACAGCACGGUCACACCCAAAGACCUCUGGGUAACGGACAUGGUGCUGCUGCACAACGCACACAAGAUAGCUGUGUCUUUCACAAGUAAGGAGGUUUGUUUCUAUGACAUUCUGUCACACCAGGACUUCAGGUGCAAGUAUAAACUCCAGGGUUUGAUGUUUACUCCCUGGUGUUUGGAUUACUGGGUGGAUCCCUCUGACCCGGACCAGGCCGUCCUCACCAUAGGAGACAUCGGAGGACAGGUCAGUGCUUUAUAUUUCACCUCAGCUCAGAUCUCUUUGUUUGAGAGACUUAAUGUGAGGACGGACUCAGAUUCAGCAGACAUCAUCCAAUGGGACGAGCUGGUGAGAGGAAAGCAUCGCUCCUGUUACACUGUGACACACCGAGCACACACACCUGCCUGGGUCAGGAAAGUGCGUUACCUGGGCUCGCUGGAGGCCUUUGUGUCGUGCAGCACGCGGCCGCAGUGCAGCGUGGUGAUUGGCUGGAGGGAGAAGGAGAGCAGGAGUCUACGAGUCACUUCCUUCUUCACAAAGAGAGGUGUGUGGGACAUGGACCACCACCGUGAACUCAAUCUGAUAGCCACAGCAGGUGUGGAUCAUCAGGUGUUGCUGUGGAACCCGUGUGUGACCUCGGGGCCGGUGUGUGUGCUCAGCGGACACACCGGCCCCGUCACUGCAGUCCGCUUCAUGCAGGCCGAGCAACAACUGAUCAGCUACUCCAAAGAUAAGGUCCUGUGUCUGUGGGAUAUUUCUCGUCAGCUGUGUGUUCACCGUCUGGCCGGAGUCUUCCCAAAGACGCAGGAGGACACACACACACUCCUGUUUCUCCACGAGGAGCAGCACCUCCUCUUUCUCUCCUUCAACAGCCUGCUUCUCCUGCUGGAGAGGAAGGAGGAGAAGAGGAGUAGCAGCCAUGAGCACCCUGUCACCUGUGUGCUGUACAACAGUCUGUUCAGACAGGCCGUCAGCAGCGACUCGGCCUCCUCUGUGAUCUGCUGGCGCGUCGACACGGGCCAAAAGGUCAAGCAGUUUCGCCGCUGCCAUGGAAACGCAGAGAUCUCCACUAUGGCCCUGGACGGUACGCAGACCCGGCUGUUUACUGCGGGCGCUGAUGGAGAGGUCAAAGUGUGGGACUUCAAUGGCCGCUGCCUCCACAGAAUGAACGCCGGCCUGGGUCGAUCUGUGGACAUCUCACAGGUGCUGCUGCUGAGGAGGAGUGUGCUGGUGAUGGGCUGGGACAGGAUGUUCACAGUUUUCCGUCUGCAUUCCUUCUCUCAGUCUUACGUUGAGCCGUCAGAGUGGAAGGGAGGCGUUCAGCAUCGCAGCGACGUGCUCUGUGCCGCCUUCCAGCCUCCACAGACGCUGGUCACAGGAAGCUAUGAUGGAGAGAUUAUCGAGUGGAACAGCAGCACAGAAAAUGCUUUGAAAAAACUGCGGCCACUUACUGAACACAGAGAAGAUACUCAUCUUGGUGUGAAUGGCAAAGAAGAUGCUGAUAUCUCCAUCGCCGUCACUAGACUGUUCUUUAUACCGGGACGCACACCUAAAGGCGGUGCAGACUUGGUGUCCUGUGGAGGUUCAGGUGUGGUCAGACUCUGGAACAGCGCCCACAGCCGUCUGGUGGGACAGUUCACAGCUCACAACAGCGACCUGGGGUCUAUUGUUAUGACCGUCAGUCCCUGCGGGAAAUAUUUAGUCACAGCUGAUAGAGAGGGGACACUCAAGACCUGGGACAUACAGUAUGUUGACGGUACCUCCGGGGUACCUACAGUGUGUGUGUCCCUUUCACUUUCUCUUCUCUUCUGCGGCUGCGACCUGACAGCAUGUCAGUUUCAGCUCCCCAAUAAACAUUAUUAUCUUGAGCUACAUGAUGGAAUAACUGACGAACCUCCGAAACUACUGAGCAGUUUCCGUCCUCACCUUGAUCGCGUGUUGCACUUGGAGACGUGUCUCCAUGGCAACAGACUCCUCGUUCUCUCGGCGUCAUCAGACUGCAGUGUUGCACUUAGCUACCUGCGUGGAGAUAACGUGGGUCUGUUCGGACAGGAGGAGCAAUGGUGCUUGGAGAGAACUGGACCUUUGCACCCUCAGCAGGAAGCAGAGCGGAAACAGAGAGAGGAGGGAGGUGAGAGGUCACCUCCCAACGAGACACUCCCUGACCCAGGACCCUCUGCAGGGGGGGGAGAGGGGGGGGUAAAAGACGAAGGAGAGGACUGUGGCAGCAAUGCAGGACACAGCAGGAAACAUUUAUCCCGGUGAAGAGUUGAGUCUUCAGUGUUCCAUUUUCACCGCGCUGUUUCAAGGUUUCAAGGCUUUUAUUGUCAUGUGUGCAUCGCUACAGUGUAGUUAUGACAAUGAACA